AAGUGGUGGAUCCGUACCAAAAACCCCGGAAACCUUUUCUGUGAACGACUUGUCAAAGAAAUCAAGAUGGCAGCCCCCAUGCACAAAGUCAGCUUUUCAGUUUUUAGGAAUUUACGUGCAAGCAUUACGUGCUGUAAUGGAAUGGUACAAAAACGAUUGAAGAGCAAAAACAGUGAGGCCAGUAAAGAAGAUGAUACAUUUCAAGGUAACAAGCCGUCGGUGACUCUAAGCUCGGACGAAUCUAUAAUUAUUUUCUGGCACCCGGAACCGAAAUUUCCAUAUGAAUGUUCAAAGCCAAUGCCUCGAGACACAGAAGACAUGUCACAGGGCGAUUCGCCAUUGAAGCUUCAGUAUAUAAAGGACUACAAACUGAGACACAGACCGACAGGGCCCACGGUGUCAGAACUGGCCAACAUCUUCUAUACUACAAAACAUCCCUUCAACCCAAUACAAAGAACUAGACGAAGACUUCGAAAUCAGCCUCCACCUGACCGCGAAAGUAUCUGAGAAACUGUAUAUAAAAUACUGAGAAAUUAAAGUUUGGAAAAAGUUACAA